CUGGUAACACUGAUCACGUCGUGCCUCCGCAGCCGCAUUGUUCCGCCAUUUUGUUUUCACUUCACCCAGCGCAGUUACGUCGAAAGGUUUUUACUCGUUGUUGCUGGGCGAUUUCUUGAAUCACUGAUCAUUGUAAUAUUUUAAUUUUAUCAGUAGACAUGUGUAAUUAGUCUCUACGUGCCGUGAAUGCCGUUGUGCGUUUAUCUAGGGUGUUGAGUUAUCCGUGAUAACUGAUGUUUAUUUGAAGACUGUGUUUGGCAUGACAUCGCGUGCGACCGUGCAAGAUGUCGAAAGAAAUCGCGGAGGAGUAUGCGUCAAGCUUGGCGGACCUUACCGUCAACAGCAAGCCUUUGAUAAAUAUGUUGACCAUACUCGCGGAAGAGAACAUCGACCACGCCGGGGUUAUCGUUGAAACAGUGGAGAAGCAUUUGGAGAAGGUGCACCCGGAGAUCAAGCUGCCGGUACUGUAUUUAGUUGACUCGAUUAUCAAGAAUGUCGGAGGCGCUUACACACAGAAAUUCUCACAGAGCAUUGUCAACAUGUUUACACGGACUUUCAAGCAGGUGGACGAGAAAAUACGUUCUCAAAUGUUCAAGCUGCGCGAGACGUGGCACGACGUGUUCCCGGCGACGAAGCUGUACCAGCUGGAUGUGAAGGUGAAUCUGAUCGACCCAGCGUGGCCGAUACAAGCGCAGCCGCACCAGUCAAACAUCCAUGUAAAUCCAAAUUUUCUGAAAAAGAACGUGCCCACGACGAGCACUGUGCCGCCAGUCAUGUCUGAGGAGGAGCGUAGCAUAAUUGCCAAGAAAGAACAAGAGUUACUGAUGUUACAGAAAAAGAAGAUAGAAAUGGAACUUGAGCAGACGCGGAAACAGCUCGAGUUGGCAGAGAAGAAUGCUAAAAAGAUAGGCACGUUGACGCCCACGCCUGGGCUAGUGCCGUCCCCCAUGCCAGUGGCGAUGGUGAAUCCGGUGGUGGCGCCUGCGCAUGUCCCGCAGGACCCCGUCGUACCCAUCAAACAGAGGCUGGGCCCGCCGGUGAACAAGUCAGGCGCCCGCAUCGCGCCCGUCAGCGCCGCGCUCGCCGCCGCGCGCCGCGACUCCGCGCCUCGCGCGCCAGCACGCGCCCCCGCGCCGCACGCCGCCCCGCCCGCGCCCCCGCCCCCGCGCCCGCACCGCCCGCCCGCGCCGCUCGUGCCCGUGCUGCCCAUCGCGCCGCACGUGUUCGACAUCAAGCCGCUCGAGCGCGUCACCAAGCGCAAGAACGUCAUCACCAUCGACGUGCGCCCCGACGCCGCCGACCGACGCCUCAACGCGCGGGACCCGCGCCGCCGCGACGACAAGCGCGACCAGCGACGCGACCGCCCGCGCGGCAAGUUCGCGCGGCGACGCGACGACCGCAAGCCCGACGCACCUGCGCCGCCCGCCGACCGCAACUCUGGUGUCGACGCGGACGCCGAGCGCAAUUUUGAUGCGCUCAUUGAUAAGAUGCAAGUGCCCGAUCCGAAAAAAAUCAAUAAACUACCGCCGAUCCCCAAAAUCCCUCGGGACGAUCCCCUCAGAGACGCCGACUCGCCGACACCGAAACGACGGAAAGAGGGCGUGCGGGACAAAAAGAAACGCAGAGACGAAGCGGAGUGCAAAGACGCCACAAUCAACAAUCAAUCGUCGCCCGAGAAAAAACUAAAGGGCAAGGAUGGGCGCAAACGCAAAGAGGCGAGAGUCGACGAGGAGCCGGAGGAGACGUCGCAGGAGGAGGUGGUCGUGUUCAAGGAACUCAAAAACUACCACAAGGGGCGCUACAUGCGCCGCAAUAAGGAGAAGUCCGAGAGCCCCGAGACGGUGCCCGAGGCGGCGGACGCGGACAAACCGGCCGCAGAGAGCGAGCCCGCAAGCGUUGCGGACGCUGUGGUGGAGAAUAAGGAUGUGGACCUCAGGGUUCUGCAGCAGGUGGUGGAGACGCCGGCAACCAUCAGCCAGAAACGACCCUCUACUGAGGCCCUGGAGGGGAAAGCUAAGAAGAACAAGAUAGACAAGUUUGAUAUUUUAUUUGGAAACGAGGACGUCGAUCUUCGUCAACUGCCUCAAGUGGAUGAAGUGGCCACCGCUCCACCACCUCCCUCCAUGACCGACUCGCCUGAGAGGAAAGAAGAUAAGGACGUUGACAUGCACUCUCCUAGGAACUCGCCCAAGCAGAAAGACUGGAACGAAGUGAAGGAGAAAGACAAGUCAGACGCUAGGAAGUCCAUGUCGAAGCUGGACUUGGUGCGGGCGAAGUUGGCUGAGGCGACGAAGGGCAAAGACAGACUCGGCAGGCCACUGCUGUUCAGUAAGUCACCAAGUAAAUCUUUUUUAACAUAUGCACCUAUUUUAUUUACAGGUAUUGAGAAAGAAAGACGCCGCACACUUAGCUCGGAAGACACAGACCUCAGGAACGAAAACGGCGAGGAGUUCGACGCGGAAGACCACAAGAAGACAAUAUCCAUUAUCAUGUCACAGGCCAAGGAGCAGUUCACUGACGGUCAACUCGACAAGAACCAGUACAAUACUCUAAUGUACCAAGUGUUGCAACUGAAUGAGAAGCUCAAAUUGAAGGAGGCCAAACAGAGGGAGUCCCUUGAACAGUCCAAGAGAAAACUCAAGGCACAUAUAGACGAAGAGAAUCACAAGAUCCCAUCGCCCAGGUCCUCGCCGAACGAGAGGAAUAACUUCGGCGAUAUUGACGAGAGAAUCAAUCCAGCUGUGUUUAUGGACACACCACCAGACAGCCAAGGGUACCUCCAAGACUCCGACAUGAGAAUUAAUUCUAUGAUUUCAAUGGAUGGUCCAGACGGGCAUAAGUCGAAGGGUUUAUUACCACUGCCCCCCAUGAUGCCCAUGUUUGCCGGGUACCAACCUAUGGUGCGAGUUAGAGGUCAGCCCAGGCCAAGAACGGAGGAAUAUGUACCAAGAAGGUUCCGGGGCCCCGCGCCACCGUUCUUCAGAGCGAAGUUUGACAAAAGAAUGCCGCGGCCCGGGUUCGACCCGCGGUUGCCGCUUCCCUUGCCGACUCCUAUAAUGGGUAUGUGCCAGAGUGAGUGUCCGCUGCAGCCGUACGUGAGGAACGAGUCGCCGCCACCACUCGGCGCACCUGGUUUUGUUAUCCCGCCGACUGAUUACAAAAUCCUAGAUUACAUUCACCAAGACCCCGUUAAGACGAUACAAAUUGACAAUGUGCCGCGUGAAAUCAGGUUUUAUGGCGACACCGCUAUAAUAAUGAUGGACUGGGACGACCCUAGAGAGAUUAAAUUUUUCCCCGGCUGCAGGCGGAUCACGUUCGACAACAAGGACUCUGUAGUGCUGACGUUCAACGAGGAUUACAAACAGAUCGAGAUCGAUGAUCAAGUGUUCGACAUCAAGUUCGGUGCGCCGACGAGAGAGUUGUUCAUCAACGGCAGAUGGUUCGAGUGUUUCUUCGGCGGACAGCCGCUGGGCGUGCUGAUCGACGGCAAGCCGCGGCUCGUGCACCUCGAGGGCCCCGUGCCGCAGGUCCACAUCGGCAAGACCAAGCGCACCGACCUGGUCGCCGGCAAAAUAAACCUCAUCGUCAACGCCACGCAAAUGUGCCCUGUAUACUUAGAUGCUAAAGUACAAAAGUUUACAAUAAACGGACAGUUUUUUACAAUUAGAUUUGUUGAUUCAUUGAAAACAGUUUUAAUAAAUGAACAACCGUUCAAGGUUGAAUUUGGUGACUUACCUAAACCUCUAACUAUUGGAAACGAGAAGUAUUUCAUAAGGUUCUCGGCGCUGCCUAGGAACAUAAAGCCUGGGUUGGUGCAGAUAGCCAACAUGGAGGGUGCAUCGGUGCCUAUCGCGAAGCCGAUCAGCCAGCCGCCUCAGGAGGCAAAGGAACCGGAAUCGACGAGUCCCGAGGAAGAAGAGGCGCGACCCGCCAAGACCCCCAGUCCCGAUAUCACUAAUGAGAACCAAGGUUUAGACAUGUUAGCCAGCGUGAUGCCAUCUUCGAUAGCGCCGGCGUCAGGCUCCGAGUACAGUCUGGCAGAACCACUGUUUGUCAAGACCGAUAACAUACCAGGCUUGGAGACGCCCGUCGACAAGAAUCCGCCUAGUACAACCGUGCCGAUACUUGGUAACAUUAACGUGAAUGAUCUAUUUGCCAAGUUGCUGGCGACUGGCAUCGUGCAGAUGCCAGCUGAGAAGGAGAAAGAGGAGAAGCCAGAUCUCAAGGCAGAAGAGAAAGUAAAGCCGAAGGAUGACAAGAGUGUUAUACACAAGGUUGAUAUGUUGAAGCCUGAGACUUUGAGAGUUAAGCAGCCGGGCAUAGUGAGCAAGCUGUACGGCGGCAUGCAGUGCUCGGGCUGCGGCACGCGCUUCCCGCCCGAGCACACCGUGCGCUACUCGCAGCACCUCGACUGGCACUUCCGCCAGAACCGCCGCGAGCGGGACUCCGCGCGCCGCGCCCACAGCCGCCACUGGCACUACGACCUCUCCGACUGGCUGCAGUACGAGGAGCUCGAGGAGCUGGACGAGAGAGAAAAGAAUUGGUUCGAGAGCGGCAUGGCGGAGGGCGGCGCGGAGGAGAGCGCGGCGGGCGCGGGCGGCGCGGGCGCGGCGGCGCUGGCGGGCGCGGCGGCCGGCGCGUGCGCGGACGCACCCAGCGUGGCGGCCGGCGCGCCCGCGCCGCACCACUGCGCGCUCUGCGGCGACGCCUUCCACCAGUUCUACAACGAGGACAAGGAGGAGUGGCAUCUGCGCAACUCCGUCCGCCACAACGGCGACAACUACCAUCCGCUCUGUCUCGACGACUACAAGGCUUCACUAACAAAAGAAGAGCCGAAACAAGAGGAUGAAAUGGCAGUAGUUGAUAAAAUAGAGGAGGAGGAAGCGAUCGAGAUCAAGGAUGUGGACGAGACGCUCGACCAGUCUGACAACGAGUCCGUUGUGGAAGUAAUUGAGCAGAUGGAACCGGAAGUGUCGGAGCCGGUGGAGAUUGACGAGGGCGAUGAAGACGACGUGGUGCUGAAGGCGGAGCCGAUAGAACAAGUGGUGGUGGAAGACGACGCCGACACCGACGACGAGACCGCCGCCUCCCGCGCCGAGCGCGACCGGCGCGCAGAGAUAGACUUUUCCAAAGUCAGGAUCAAGCAGGAACCCAUCGAUCCCGAUGACGAGCCAAUAAUAACAACAACAUCACAGGAAAAUAUAAUUCAGCCGAGCGUUGACGUGCCACAUACCACGGUUCUCUCGUCCAUCGACGGUAACGUUCAAUUCGACUCUGCGCCCGCGCCGGCCACCACUCUCCCCCUCGGCGGGAUACGGAUAAACAUCUCCAAAUCCAUCCCGUCCUUCAUUGCCAAUAAUGAUGACAAAAGCCUCGAAGAUAUUAGCGCGGAUGACGAACCGCUCCCACCAGGAGAAGAACCCGAGUUGGAAUAUAAACUAAAACCUGCGUUAGAAGGAAUACAUUUCAGCAAGCAGCCGCCGGUGCAACGAGGCAAUGAGUUAUCAGGGUUGUGUUCUAUUAUGUAGAGUUCCGAUUUAAGUGGAUUGGUAUCAAUUUCAAUAAGUAUUCUAGAAAAUUCUUGUGUGGUUUGUUGUACCUGCAAAUGUGCUCAUGCUUGAUGGAAGUUUCCAAUCUAAACAGUGGUGGAAGUGUAUUUUUUUUUCAAAUUCAGGGUUGUUGCUUUUUUUAGUCUCACUGAAUUUAAUUAUUUAUUUUUGUAUAAAUUAAUUUAUCAGAAUUAUCACCAGCUCUUCAAUUUUGAUGAUUUAUUGAUUAUAAUUAUUCAUUUUCUAUUUAAAUGUUCUAUUACUAGACCAAUCACAACAGCUCAUAGUUCCCGGGAUUGGUUUGCAAACCUCGAGCUGAAGCGGGUUGAUAAGUCGCGAAAGCCUUGUGUUAACAUGAAACCGAUGCGUGAGCUCCGAAGAUGGUGUAAUUAUUAUACCUCCCAUAGAAAAUUUUAUGUUGAUUCACAUUUAUGGCUAAAACAAAAGCGUAAUUCUAAGUAAUGAUUUUGUUAACUAUCACACCUAUUAUUUGCAAUUAAUUAAGUUACUUUUAAUAGCUUCCAAUUACUAUGAGACUCAAUGUGUAUGUUUGGGUGACGAGAAAAGUGUAGUGCCAUCCAUGCCUUGUAUUUUAGAUGCCAGAGUUGGCAUUUCAACUGUGUACAAUGAGCGCCAUACUCAUCUCAUCAUUCAAGUGAAUAAAGCAAUAUGGAAAGUAGCACAUGAGGUUGAAAA